GGUCUCUUAAUUCAUUCAUUCUCAUACUUCCAGCUACAGAGGCCAUCAGUUUCGAAGCAGGCAGACGAGCAAACCCUCAAAAACCAGGGCAGAUCGCGGUCCACCGCCACGGCAAAGAGGCAAACGCUCUCACCAGUGGACCCCCGACAAGUAUCGCCAGCAAGCCUUCCAGGCCAAGCCCCUCGCCGAAUAUAACAAGAUGCUCUCCUAUAUAGUCGGCCUCCUAGCAUGCCUCCUCGUCUUCUACAACCCGCUCUCUCAGCUGCUCAACCUCUCGCCCUCUGCCCCGCCGCAGAUCCGCCGCACGCCGCGGCCGAGGGUGGACGAGAGCCUGCUGGCCCUGGACGACUGGCGCGGGAACCUGAGCUGUCCGGACGACGCCGACUCGUACCGCGUGCACGUGUUUUCCAAGGCGCCACUGGUUAUCUAUAUCGAGAGCUUCCUGAGUAGGGCGGAGAGGGCACAUUUGCUCGAGAUCAGUGAGCCGGCCUUUGAACCCGCAACCAUCACACACGACGGCGGUGCGGCCACGGAGCGUGACCAGACCAUCCGCGACUCGGAGGUGGCAGUGAUCCCGCGGACCGAAGUGGUUCGGUGCAUUGAGGCUCGAGCGCGGGCCUUUCAGGGCUGGCGAGGGGAGCAGUGGAUAGAGCGCCUGCGGACCCAGCGGUAUCGUCCUGGGGGCCACUACAACCACCACUUUGACUGGAGUUCGUCCUACGGGGGGUGGGGUCGCGUGAGCAGCUUCAUGGUUUGGGUCGACGGCUCAUCUGAUGACCCAGAGGACACCCUCCAGGGUGGCGGCACAGAGUUCCCACUGCUCAGGAAAGCGGGCCUCGACGAGAGGUGGUGCCGCUUCAUUGAAUGUGGCACAACAACUACUAGAGCAAAGAAGGGGGAGGAGGCGGCGGAGGCGGAGGAUAAGGUGGUGUUCAAACCUCUGGCUGGUAAUGCCGUGUACUGGGAGAACUUCAAGCCUGACGGGACUGGUCGUGGCUGGGAUGAGGCCUGGCACGCCGGCCUGCCCGUGAUUAGAGGAACCAAAGUCGGCCUGAACAUCUGGACGUGGGGGAGGAUAGACUGA